GGCUGUUUACUUCCGGUGGGCUCCGGCUGCCGGCCGAUGGUGUGAGGGCGCGGAGGGGCUCGCUGACCGGCCGGCCGGACGGACGGACACCAGUACGACCGCUUGCUGCCUGAGGGCUGAAGUCGCGCUUCCGUUGAUGCUGCGGCCGGCGGCGCCCUGUGACAGCCCGCCAGACGAGCAGUGGAGCGCCGAUGUCAGUGGCUACGGACUCCAGAGGAAGAGAGUACGGAUAGCCGAGCCCGACCAGGGGGCUGUCCGCGGCUCGUCACCGGCGAAGGGCACCUCGAUGCAGCGGCUCGGCCUUGCCGAGGCGGGCCAGGGCAGGAAGCGAGUGCGGCCGGCCCAGGCCCAAGAGGAGAUGGCGGACGAUGGACAGCGCAGGGCCAACUUCUCCGCGCUGCCCGGGUACGUUAACGGGCUGAGUCGUGUCGGCGAAACCGGUGGCAAACCGGCCGCCUCCAGGAAGCUGCUCAUCAAGAACUUCAAAGAUAAACCAAAAUUGCCUGACAGCUACACUCAGGACACGUGGCAGAAGCUUCAUGAAGCAGUUGGGACCAUUCAGAACAGCACCUCAAUAAAAUACAAUUUAGAAGAACUUUAUCAGGCUGUUGAGAAUCUGUGUUCUUAUAAGGUGUCAGCAACACUGUAUAAACAACUUCGACAGGUGUGUGAAGACCAUGUCAAGGCAAAGAUUCAACAAUUCCAAGAAGAUUCACUGGAUAGCAGUUUGUUUUUGAAAAAAAUUAACAAAUGUUGGCAGGAUCACUGUCAGCAAAUGAUAAUGAUCAGGAGCAUUUUCCUGUUUCUUGACCGAACUUAUGUCCUCCAGAGUUCAAUGCUUCCAUCUAUCUGGGACAUAGGCUUGGAGCUGUUCCGAACCCAUAUCAUCAAUGACAAAACUGUGCAGAACAAAACCAUUGAUGGAAUCCUUCUAUUGAUUGAAAAGGAACGAAAUGGUGAGGCUGUGGACAGAAGUCUGAUACGAAGCUUGCUGAGUAUGCUUUCUGAUCUGCAGGUUUACCAGGAAUCAUUCGAACAAAGAUUUUUGGAGGAGACCAAUUGUUUAUAUGUAGCAGAAGGACAAAGAUUAAUGCAAGAAAGGGAGGUUCCAGAAUAUCUUCACCAUGUAAACAAGCGCCUAGAGGAAGAAAUGGACCGAGUAAUUACAUACCUGGAACAAAGCACACAGAAGUGGUUGGUUGCCAGUGUUGAGAAGCAUCUUCUUGGUGAGCAUCUGACAGCUAUUCUUCAAAAAGGUCUCAAUCAACUGCUUGAUGAAAAUAGAACUGCUGAUCUCACUUUACUGUAUCAGCUGUUCAGCAGGGUUAAAGGUGGUUUGCCGGUCCUUUUGCAGCACUGGAAUGAAUACAUCAAGACCAUUGGCACUACAAUUGUGGUUAAUCCUGAGAAAGACAAGACAAUGGUUAAGGAGCUACUAGACUUCAAAGAUAAAGUCGAUCAUAUAAUUGAAGUGUGCUUUCUAAAAAAUGAAAAGUUUGUCAAUACAACGAAAGAAGCAUUUGAGACUUUUAUCAACAAAAGGCCAAACAAGCCUGCUGAGUUGAUAGCCAAAUAUGUUGAUUCCAAAUUACGAGCGGGUAACAAAGAAGCAACAGAUGAAGAACUGGAGAGAAUACUUGACAAAAUCAUGAUCAUAUUUAGGUUUAUUCAUGGAAAAGAUGUAUUUGAGGCUUUCUAUAAGAAGGAUUUGGCAAAACGGCUACUGGUGGGAAAAAGUGCUUCUGUGGACGCUGAGAAAUCAAUGCUGUCUAAACUGAAACACGAAUGCGGAGCUGCAUUCACCAGCAAGCUAGAAGGGAUGUUUAAAGACAUGGAACUUUCGAAAGAUAUUAUGAUCCAGUUUAAGCAGUAUAUCCAAAAUCAGAAUGACCCAAGUAGGAUAGAUCUUACAGUCAACGUUCUGACAAUGGGAUAUUGGCCAACGUACACACCAAUGGAAACCCAUCUGCCUUCUGAGAUGGUGAAAUUACAGGAGGUAUUUAAGACAUUCUACCUCGGAAAACACAGUGGGAGGAAACUACAGUGGCAGGCCACAUUAGGGCAUUCAGUUUUGAAAGCAGAUUUUAAAGAGGGUAAAAAGGAACUGCAGGUUUCACUCUUCCAGACCUUGGUGUUGCUCAUGUUCAAUGAGCACAAUGAGUUCAGCAUGGAAGAAAUCAAGGCUGCGACUGGCAUAGAGGACAGUGAAUUAAGGAGAACGUUGCAGUCUUUAGCUUGCGGUAAAGCUCGUGUGUUGAACAAAGUUCCCAAGGGGAAAGAUGUGGAAGAUGGAGACAAGCUUAUCUUUAAUGAUGAGUUCAAGCACAAACUGUUUAGAAUAAAGAUUAACCAAAUCCAGAUGAAGGAAACUGCUGAGGAGCAGACAAGUACCACUGAACGAGUAUUCCAAGAUAGACAGUACCAAAUUGAUGCUGCUAUAGUCCGAAUCAUGAAAAUGAGAAAGACACUCAGCCAUAACCUCCUUGUUUCAGAACUCUAUGACCAGUUGAAGUUUCCAGUGAAGCCUGGAGAUCUGAAGAAGAGAAUUGAGUCUCUAAUUGAUCGGGAUUAUAUGGAGAGGAACCGAGACAAUGCCAACCAGUAUCAUUAUGUGGCAUAAUAUACUGAACAAGACUUUCAACUCAGUAAAUCUUUAAAAGCACUGAUACUCUCUGCAUCCAUUUUGGAUUCUGUUUGGUUUUGCACAGUCCAGCCAAAGCCUCUUGUGAAGCAUUCCUUUUAGGAGCAACAUCCUCAGGCAUCCCUUUUUACACAGUAUCCAGCCUUUGUUUCCUGAGGAUCUCCAGAAAGUGUGAAAAGAGCACAGAAGUAAAUACAUCUCCCGUUGUGUUGUUGAAGAUUUAAUAUCUACAGUGUAAUUUCAUUUGAUUUCUUGUGUAACUCAUGCCCUUUUGAUUAAGACUUAAAAAACAUAGCCUGCACACCAUUCCUCCCAUAUAAUCAACAGCCUGGAAUCUUUUGAGAGAACUCUAUUAAAAUAUAAAUAUGUAAGAUACCCUGAGAGAAAAUGUUUCACAUUACAUACUGACUUUUGGCAUUACUGCCACAGUGAGAUAAAUGACAUUUUUGAUCAGUGAAACUGACAUUUUUAUUUUUUUAAAUGACUUAAACAACCAAUAAAGUAAUCAACUUUAAGCAGUAGCGAGGCUGCACUAUACUUCUGGUCACCAGUGCACACAUGCCACAGAGUAACAUUUAGGUUUUUAUUGCAUGCGUCAUAUGAAUGGAGAAAUGUUGCAUCAAAAUAGAGAUAACUAUCUUCAAAACAUGUAAAAGUGCCAAAAAUUAGACUGUCAAACACACAUUCCACUAAUAACCUACACCUAUUGCUAAAGUAGUCAUUAUGCACCCAAUAUUCCUAGUCGCAAGGUUGGUAUUUGUUUUAGGUGGAAUAGCAUUUUCACCUCCUUCCGCUUAUGAUUGCUUUUUCAGAGUAGUUUUCCCAUUUUUGAAUGAUUCUUUCUGUUUAACGUAUUUCUCAUAGUGCCCAACAAACUUAAAACUUUGCAGAUUAUACAUGUGCUUUGUAUAGAAUAUACAAGUGUUCCUUUGUGUUAUUCACUGUAAGUUGUUCAGAAACACUAACUAGUCUGGUGGAGCUGAGGUGAUGGAAUUCCUGUGAGCUUGUCCUAAUUUGUUUCAUAUUGUUAUUAUGUCCAAAAAAAGUCAUUCUCAAAUAAAUUGGACCUUUUGUCUUCUGAUAAUAUAAACUGA